AGACAUGGUUCUAGUAAAUGCGUUUGUUUUUCAUCCUCCUUCCCUCGUCCUUCCUGCCUUUUUUUUCUUGAUGGUUCAUGCUUCACAUUUAUGAUACGGUCUUCACUGGCUCACCGUUGCUUGUCGUGCGCAUCGUUGCGGCUCCUGAUUUGUGCACUCUGCCGCCUUCGACACGCUUAAAACUUGAAUGCGCACGCAAGUGGUGGUCUUCUCGCGAUCUGUGUCCUUGCAGUUCUGGAUUUCUGCGAGAAGCCUCAGUAUUGUGCAUCAUCGUUUUCAAGAGGUGGAAAUGUGAAACAUCAUCGGGAAGAUUUGCGAGCACUUUGGAGAGGUUCAUAACAAAGCUGUCGCCGUAAGAGAGACAAACGGGCAUAUUUAGGCGACUAGUAUCACUGACUUCAUAUCAGAAUCACACAGCUAUAGUCACCAGUGCACGAGCCAAGCCGGGUCCACUCACAGCUAGCGAAGGCCAAUGGCAAUGCUUCCGCUGCCUUCCAAAGGGCGAAGAGCACGACGUGAUGCAUCAGUGGCUGAGUUUGCACUCACGGCUACACUUGUGCUGUUCCUAGUUUGGACGCCAGGGGCGCGAGCACAGAUCCCGUCGACGGACACACCUAAUGCCCGAGAAGCGGCAGCGACGUCAGCGGUACAGGCCACCGCCGUCCCGCAAGUGGACGAAAUCGACUACGCGGAACUGCUGCGAGAUGUGGUGGACUACGGCGUCUCCAAGUUGCCGCCGUCAUUGUUGCGAAAGUUCCUGCGGGCCGGCUUACAACCGCAGUGCAGCAUGGCGUUGAUUCGAACCCUGAGAGCAAUCUUAGACUUCGAGCCAUGGGCGCUCAGACUGUUGGAUGCGUCUGGGAAGUUCCCCACGGGCGUGUUGCAGGGCUCCCGCAUAGACGUCGGCGCCUUCGACGAGUGUUUGGAGACGGUGGUGCACCAUGGACAUGGAGGCACGGUCUCACAGGGACAGUAUUGCAAUCUGCUCGUCUACAUCAAGAACGGCACAGACGUGAGAGCCGCCGUCGACUCGGUUUCGAAGUACUUGCACCCGAAGCUGCAGUACUUCAAGGAUUACUAUUCGGCUGAGGAUGUUGCUCUUUUUCGCGUUGGAAUUUGCUUCACCGAUCAAUGCAACCAGGAUGAUCUGCAAGCAUUGGUGAACAUAGUGAAGUCACCGCUAGUGCGCCUCGAAGUAUCCAACUGCGUGAUGGCCGAGCAGGAACCCUGGACCAAAACACAAAUCGCAAUCGUAUCAUUUUUGGGAAUUUUACUAGUGGUCAUCUUAAUCGCUACAUGCUUGGACGUAUUGUCGAACGCCAAAGCAAAGCACAAGAAAGCAUAUGGCACCUUGCUGGAGCUCGUCUCGGCUUUCUCUGUGACGUCCAACACGCGACAAUUGCUCAAGGUGGCUGAAAACAUUCCCGACAGCGACUAUGCUCUGCAGUUUUUACAUGGCAUGCGAUUAUUAUGCUGCAUUCACAUCGUAUUGGGCCACUUCUUCACGAAUCUAUCGGAUAUUUGGGCCCGUGUGCUGAACCUAUUCAUUGCUUCUGACCACUGGCACCACAUGAUUGCAACCGCGAUGUUUAACAGCGUCGACACGUUCUUCUUUAUCAGCGGUUUCUUUCUCUGCCUAAGCGUGAGUAAGCAGAAGACAAAUGGGCCUUUCGUUUUCCUCACUAACAUCGUUAAACGUUUGAUCAGAUUACUUUUUCCACUUGCUUUCAUCGUGAUGUGCUUGUACCCGCUCCCGCACUUCGUCGCUGGACCUGACGUCAAGGCAUUCUUCAUGAAGCUAAACGACGAGAUAGACAAGCACUGGUGGACACUUCUCCUCCUCAUCAGGAAUUUUUACGGAAGUGGUGCCGUGGGUCUGCACGGAACUGAAUGCUCAUGCGGACCGGUUGCCGAUAUAGACUGUAACAGGAUCGUCACACCACCGCAACCACCAUCACCACUGGUGCACGUGUGGUACCUGUCAGCCGAUUUUCAGCUUUUUCUGAUCUCUCUAUUGGUGGCGUCUGUAUUCAAGAGUUGGAGGGUUCUGGCCGUGCGCGCUUUCAUCUUGCUGUCCGGAAUAUGCUGCGCCAUCGGAACGUGGGUCGUGGCGAGUUCUGAUGUACUACCGUUCCUCAUCUUUCCCGGUCCUCUUUUAAAUGUAAUGACCAACACGCUCGACGAGUACUACGUCCGUCCUUAUUACCAUGCGGUGUGCUACUUCAGUGGUUGCAUCACAUUCCUUAUCAUGGAAGGCUUCAAGAAGAAGAGAAUUAGCAAGGGCAUGCAGAUCGCGGGAUGGUGCCUGUCCGUCAGCUGCGGUCUCGCCUCUGUGUUCGCAAAGCUUCCGUGGUACAGAAGCGCAAACCCCACCACGCAAGGCGUAACCCUGAUUGCUACAUUCUGUGACCGGAUAUUCUGGUCCAUAUUUCUCAUCUGGAUCACUCUCGCGUGUUCUUCGGGUCGUGGCGGGUUUGUGAGCAGGUUCCUGUCUUGGGGUGCCUUUGUACCUCUGAGCAAGCUGACAUUCGGCGUCUACCUCAUCCACUUCCCGUUUGUCCAACUCAUGCUUCACGCAUCCAGAGAGCGCAUAUUCUGGUCUCAUUUCAACGUGAUCACGUUGUGGUUCGCGACGCUCGUUUGGUGCUUUCUGUUGGCCUACUUCGCGUUCUUGGCGUGCGAGGCGCCAUCAACGGCGCUGUGUAGGCUCAUCUUCAGCCGGCCGACUGGAAAGGCUCGAUCGCAGCCCGAUGAAAACGGUCAAAUAGCAAAGAAGAUACCGGAAUUGCGCAUUUCUUCUAUGCUAUAAGAAUGCGACGGAAAUCUUCCCUGUAGGCAAGAAGACCAUUUCUAGGAAGCAGUGCGUUGACUUUCACUGCAAUACACCAAAGCUGCGUGUUUUGUAGCGCAGUGCUGCAAAAUAGGAGCUUGUAUUUGUUCAUGCAGUAACGGCACUCGGUGUGUGUAAAACUGAAAAUGCAUACAUAUCGUCAGCGCUAAUUAUUUAGAGGGGUCGAACAAGGAAUGCUGCAGGAGUCAACUUUUGGAGAAAGGGACGUAUAUUAGAGAACGCAAAAGCAUAUGCAGCCCUGAGGAAGAGAGGUACCCUUGACAAAAAAAUGCUGGCCGCAGCGGCAUUCUUUGUUCGUAAGCUGUUAAUCACUUCAAGUCUCCAUCUUGCUGUGAAGUGAUUUCUUGUUUGCGCGUCCUCCGUAGCAGCUCAGCCCCUUGGAAAAGUUGUUAUAAAAAUUCGGUCUUAUUUCUA